GCACUUGCCACAAUGCUGUCAUCCAGUGACUUUGCGGCUGCUUCCUGGGAGCUCGUGGUCCAUGUCGACCAUCCCAGCAUAGCAGAGCAGAAAGACGUCACACUGAGAGUGUCCGGAGACCUGCACAUCGGGGGCGUGAUGCUUAAGUUAGUAGAAAAGAUCAACAUAUCUCAGGACUGGUCAGACUUUGCUCUGUGGUGGGAGCAGAAGCGCUGCUGGCUUCUGAAGACCCACUGGACACUGGACAAAUGUGGGGUCCAGGCAGAUGCGAAGCUUCUCUUCACUCCUCAGCAUAAAAUGCUUCGUCUCCGCCUGCCUAACAUGAAGACGGUGAGACUGCGAGUCAGUUUCUCAGCCGUGGUUUUUAAAGCUGUCAGCGACAUCUGCAGAACCCUAAAUAUUAGAAGAUCAGAAGAACUUUCCUUGCUAAAGCCUUCUGGUGACUAUUUUAAGAAGAAGAAGAAGAAAGACAAAAAUAAUAAGGAACCCGUCAUUGAAGAUGUUCUAAACCUGGAGAGUUCUCCAACGAUUUCAGGGUCACCAGUAAGUUCUGGUUUAUACAGUAAAACCAUGACCCCUAUGUACGACCCCAUCAAUGGAACACCAGUGUCAUCCACCAUGACUUGGUUCAGUGACAGCCCUUUGACUGAGCAAAACUGCAGCAUCCUCGCGUUUAGCCAGCCUCCCUUGUCACCAGAAGCGCUUGCCGAUAUGUACCAGCCUCGGUCUCUGGUUGAGAAGGCGAAGCUUAACGCAGGCUGGCUGGAUUCCUCUCACUCCCUCAUGGAACAAGGCAUCCGAGAGGAUGACCAACUGCUGUUACGAUUUAAAUACUACACUUUCUUUGACUUGAAUCCUAAAUAUGAUGCUGUCCGAAUAAAUCAACUCUAUGAACAAGCCAGGUGGGCCAUUCUCUUAGAGGAAAUCGACUGCACGGAGGAGGAAAUGUUGAUCUUUGCAGCACUACAGUAUCACAUUAGCAAACUGUCACUGUCUGCUGAAAUCCAGGAUUUUACAAAUGACUCUGAGGUUGAUGAAGUGGAAGCAGCGCUUUCCAAUUUGGAAGUGACCCUGGAAGGUGGAAAAGCAGAUAACACACUGGAGGACAUUACUGAUAUCCCUCAACUUGCAGAUUAUCUCAGAUUAUUUAGGCCCAAGAAGUUAAUAUUAAAAACUUUCAAACAAUACUGGUUCGUUUUUAAAGACACAUCUAUAGCCUACUAUAAAAAUGAGGAGCUUGAACACGGAGAGCCAGUAGAAAAACUAAACCUUAGAGGCUGUGAAGUUGUGCCAGAUGUAAAUGUAGCAGGGGGAAAAUUUGGAAUCAAGUUACUGAUCCCUGUUGCCGAUGGUAUGAAUGAAGUUUAUUUGAGAUGUGACCACGAGAACCAAUAUGCCAAAUGGAUGGCUGCCUGCAUCUUGGCAUCAAAGGGCAAAACCAUGGCAGACAGCUCCUACCAGCCAGAGGUCGUCAACAUCCUUUCAUUUCUGAGGAUGAAAAACAGGAACGUGGCAUCUCAGGUGGCUUCAAGUCUCGAAAGCAUGGACAUGAACCCAGAAUGUUUUGUGUCACCUCGAUGUACAAAGAAACACAAGUCUAAGCAGCUGGCAGCCCGGAUCCUGGAAGCUCACCAGAACGUGGCCCAAAUGCCCCUGGUCGAAGCCAAACUGCGGUUCAUCCAGGCGUGGCAGUCCCUGCCUGAAUUCGGCCUCACCUACUACCUCGUCAGAUUUAAAGGUAGCAAGAAAGAGGACAUUCUGGGAGUCUCAUAUAAUAGGUUGAUUAGAAUCGAUGCAGCCACUGGGAUUCCAAUUACAACAUGGAGAUUCACAAACAUGAAACAGUGGAAUGUCAACUGGGAAAUCCGGCAGGUGGCGAUCGAGUUUGACCAGAACGUCUCCAUCGCAUUCACCUGCCUGAGCGCGGAUUGCAAGGUGGUGCACGAGUACAUUGGCGGCUACAUUUUCUUGUCCACCCGCUCCAAGGACCAGAAUGAAACCCUCGAUGAGGACCUGUUCCACAAAUUGACCGGCGGUCAGGACUGA